AUGGCUAGUGGAGAGGACUCGAACAUUACUGCCUCAGCCUCUUUGCGAAAUGGGGUUGGAGCUUCUUCUUCUUCUUCUUCUUCAGCCUCAGAAUUGAAUUUGACGGAAGAAGAAGAAUCAGGAAUAAGACUGGUCCACAUGCUAAUCUCAUGCGCCCAUUCUCUCCAACGUGGCAACCUCUCCCUCGCAGCUUCACUCCUUCAUACCAUGCAAUCCAUCUUCCAACACCUCACCACCGCCUCCGGCAUCGGAAAAGUCGCUUCUCACUUCAUCCACUCUCUAACCCUCCGAAUCUACGCGCCGCCGCACAGCCAAAUCCACUACCACCAAAACGACGCCGUUCUCUACCAUCACUUCUACGAGGCUUCCCCUUACCUCAAGUUCGCUCACUUCACCGCCAACCAGGCAAUCCUCCAAGCCUUCACCGACCACAACUGCCUCCACGUCAUCGACUUCCACCUCAUGCACGGCCUCCAAUGGCCGCCGUUAAUCCACGCUCUCGCCAUCCGGCCCGGCGCUCCUCCUUCACUCCGCCUCACCGCCGUCGCUCCUCCCUCUUCGGAUCACCGCGAAAUCGGCUUCCGACUGGCCGACGUCGCUCGUUCCGUCAACCUCCGCUUCUCCUUCCGUGUCGUGGCGGCGUCGCGCCUCGAGGACGUGAACACGUCGAUGCUGCAGGUGAACCCGAAGGAAGCGGUGGCUGUGAACUCCGUGAUGCAGCUCCACCGUGUUCUCGGGUCGGAGCAUAGCAUCGAUGCGGUGUUGGAUUGGAUCCGGAAAAUGAACCCGAGAGUUAUGACGGUAGUGGAGCAAGAAGCCAAUCACAACCAGAACGGGUUUUUAGAGCGGUUCACGGAAGCGUUGUGUUAUUACUCGGCUGUGUUCGACUCGCUCCAGGCUUGUCCCGUGGAGCCGGAUAAGAGUCUGGGUGAGAUGUACGUGCAGAGGGAGAUUUGCAACGUGCUGUGCUGUGAGGGACCGGCUCGGCUUGAGAGGCACGAGCCGCUAGCUAAGUGGAAGGCUCGCCUUGGGAAAGCCGGCUUCGAGGGCGUGCAUUUGGCUUCCAAUGCGCUUAAGCAAGCGAGCAUGCUGUUGAGCCUGUUCUCCGCAGAGGGUUACAGCGUGGAGGAGAAUGAAGGUUGUUUAACGUUAUGUUGGCAUAACCGACCUCUGAUUGCGGCUUCGGCUUGGCGAGCCGUGCAACUUGCUCACAGUGAUUGUGACUAAAAUUUACCCCUUCUACAUUCUUGUAUUUUUGGGUUUUUACCUGAUAAUAAGUUUCUUCAUUUUGCAUAUAUUAUGUGAAAUGACU